GGAUUUCAGAUUUCCGCUCGACACGCCCACUUCACCUCUCCCAACCACACGAACUCCCACACCACAGCAACAAUGGCAGAGCAGCUCGUCCUCCGCGGUACCCUCGAGGGCCACUCCGGCUGGGUCACCAGCUUGGCCACUUCUCUCGAGAACCCAAACAUGCUCCUGUCUGGUUCCCGUGACAAGACUCUCAUUGUCUGGAACUUGACCCGCGACGACACCAGCUACGGCUACCCAAAGCGCUCGCUCCACGGCCACUCCCACAUCGUCUCCGACUGCGUGAUCUCCUCCGACGGUGCCUACGCUCUUUCUUCCUCGUGGGACAAGACUCUGCGCCUGUGGGAGCUGUCCACUGGCCAGACCACCCGCCGCUUCGUCGGACACAACAACGACGUCCUCUCCGUCUCCUUCUCUGCCGACAACCGCCAGAUCGUGUCCGGUUCGCGCGACCGCACCAUCAAGCUGUGGAACACCCUUGGUGACUGCAAGUACACCAUCACCGACAAGGGACACACCGAGUGGGUCUCCUGCGUGCGCUUCUCGCCAAACCCACAAAACCCAGUCAUCGUCUCUGCUGGUUGGGACAAGUUCGUCAAGGUCUGGGAGCUCUCCACCUGCCGUCUGCAGACCGACCACAUUGGCCACACUGGCUACAUCAACACCGUCACCAUCUCUCCUGACGGAUCCCUCUGCGCCUCCGGUGGUAAGGACGGUACCACCAUGCUCUGGGACCUCAACGAGUCCAAGCACCUCUACUCGCUCAGCGCUGGUGACGAGAUCCACGCUCUCGUCUUCUCGCCAAACCGCUACUGGCUCUGCGCUGCCACCGCCAAGGAGAUUGUCAUCUUCGACCUCGAGAAGAAGAGCAAGGUUGAUGAGCUCCGCCCAGAGUUCGUCGAGUCCGGCGGCAAGGCCCGUGACCCAGAGUGUAUUUCGCUCGCUUGGUCUGCUGAUGGCCAGACUCUGUUCGCUGGUUACACCGACAACAAAAUCCGUGCUUGGGGUGUCAUGUCUCGCGCUUAAAUGCGUGUAGUCAAUGAUGUUCACUCAUGAGGAAUGGGAUCACGAACAACACAAUGGGGACGAGGAUGGCAUUGGAAACGGCAUGAUGAGGUGCUGCGAUACGAGGCUCGCCAGGUACUACUUCAUGUGGUUGUGGGAAGCACAUCCUGGACUGAGAGUAUGACAGGUCGCAGCGGUGCACGUGCCAAAUAGACGAGAUGAUGAAAAAAUGAAUACGACUCGAUUCACACUUCAUUCGCUCUGCCGCUUCAUUCUCCAUUAGCACACUACACAAAUCGAAUAUUGAAACCUGCGUGAACAAUCGCCAGGAUCCGAAAUUGACCAUAAUGAUCAUUAUGAUCU